AUGUCCUCCACCAAAUCACCAGCGAACGAGCCCACCGCGCUCGGGUCUAUACCCGCAGACGCGACCCCGCCAGAGUCAGACUCAAGUCUCGAUACAGCCUACAAGGCCAAAGCAGACGUGCUGAACCGCGCGAUUCAAGACAUCGGCAUGGGCAGAUACCAGUGGCAGCUAUUCGUGGUGAUCGGAUUCGGCUGGGCCAGCGAUAACCUCUGGCCGAUCGUGACAUCACUCAUUCUCCCGCCGGUAUCAUACGAGUUCCACGCCUCAAAGGCACCACUACUCACGCUCGCCCAGAAUAUCGGGCUCCUCGUCGGGGCAGUAUUCUGGGGUUUCGGGUGCGACGUGUUCGGGCGCAAGUGGGGGUUCAACCUGACGAUUGGUAUCACGGCGGUGUUUGGGUUAAUCGCGGCGGGCUCGCCCAAUUUCGGUGCUGCGUGCGCAUUCGCGGCGCUGUGGUCUGUUGGUGUUGGUGGAAAUCUGCCGGUGGAUUCAGCCAUUUUCCUGGAGUUUUUGCCUGGUUCGCAUCAGUGGCUGUUGACGGUUUUAUCCGUUGAUUGGGCGUUUGCGCAGUUGUUGGCGACUCUGGUUGCAUGGCCGCUUCUGGGUAACAUGACCUGCGGCUCAGAGGAAGGUUGCACGAGAGCGAACAAUAUGGGGUGGCGCUAUUUUUUGAUUGCCAUGGGCGGGUUGGCCAUGAUCAUGUUCGUCGUGCGCUUUGUGUUCUUCACCAUCUUCGAGUCGCCCAAGUACCUGAUGGGCAAGGGGAGGAAUGCCCAGGCAGUCGACGUUGUGCAUGAAGUUGCGCGCAGGAACGGCCAGAGCUCGUCAUUAACUCAGAACGAUCUUGAUAAUUUCGACGAGGGCGAGUCGCGUGGUUUCACAGCGAGUAACAUUGUUCGCCAGCGCCUGGACAAGCUUCGUUUCGAGCAUAUUCGAGCUCUUUUCGAUACGCCCAAGAGAGCGUACUCCACCGCUCUGAUCAUUCUCGUUUGGGCGUUUAUUGGUCUCGGUUUCCCUCUCUACAACGCCUUUCUCCCAUACAUCCAGCAGUCACGGGGUAUCGAGUUUGGCGAUGGCUCGACAUACAUCACAUACCGAAACUCCCUGAUCAUCGCCGCAAUGGGCAUCCCCGGAUGCCUUCUCGGUGGCCUCCUAGUGGAACUCCCACGUUUCGGACGAAAAGGUGCACUAUCAAGCUCAACGGCAUUAACAGGUGUAUUCCUACUCGCAUCGACAACGGCAAGGACAUCAAAUGCCCUUCUAGGAUGGAACUGUGCGUAUAACUUUAUGAGCAGUCUCAUGUACGCCGUGCUGUAUGCAUACACUCCGGAGAUCUUCCUGACGAAAGAUCGAGGAACUGGAAACGCAUUGACAGCAAGUGCCAAUCGAAUUUUCGGCAUUAUGGCGCCUAUUGUGGCGAUGUUUGCGAACUUGAACUCUGCCGCGCCGGUUUAUGUGAGCGGGGCAUUGUUCAUUGCUGCGGGCAUUCUGGUCAUUUUGCUGCCUUAUGAGUCCCAGGGUAAGGCAAGUCUGUAG